ACAUUAUUACAGGGAGAGUCCUUUGUACUGGGGCCGGAGGGGAAGAGAGCCGGGAGAGAGAAGCGGGCGGAGGGGAGGAGGGGGAGAGCGAGGGAAAGAGAGGGCGAGCGAGGGAGAGUGCGAGCGUGAGCAGAGCCUCCCGCUGCCGGAGGAAGGGAGUGACUGAGGGGCUGGCUAGGGAAGGGACAGGAUGCCUUAGGAGCCUCCCGCUGCAGGACCCCACGACAGGGAGGAGCUCGAGGCAGAGUCCGAGGCUGUGGUAAUGGUUGGGGUGGGGGAGUCCCCUCAAGGGCCCUGAGCGCCCCCGCACUGCCUCUAAGGGAGCUCCAGAAGUUAGCAUCAGUGGGACUCGGAAGCUCUGAUCUCAACAAGACUGGGGAGAAGCCUCAUGGCAAUGGGACCGGGGUCUGGCCCCCCAAAUUUCCAGGGUCUGGCCUAAACAUCAGGUCAGGUAAGCUAUGGCUGGCGAUUCUAGGAAUGCUAUGAACCAGGACAUGGAGAUUGGAGUCACUCCCAGGGACCCGAAGAAGAUUCCCAAACAGGCCCGCGAUUACAUCCCCAUCGCCACCGACCGCACUCGCCUGCUAGCGGAAGGCAAGAAGCCCCGCCAGCGCUACAUGGAAAAGAGUGGCAAGUGCAACGUUCACCAUGGCAACGUCCAAGAAACCUACCGAUACCUGAGCGACCUCUUCACCACCCUGGUGGACCUCAAAUGGCGCUUCAACCUGCUGGUCUUCACCAUGGUCUACACCGUUACUUGGCUGUUCUUUGGUUUCAUUUGGUGGCUGAUUGCUUACAUCCGGGGUGAUCUGGACCAUGUUGGUGACCAAGAGUGGAUUCCUUGUGUUGAAAACCUCAGUGGCUUUGUGUCUGCCUUCCUGUUCUCCAUUGAGACUGAAACCACCAUCGGGUAUGGCUUUCGGGUGAUCACAGAGAAGUGUCCAGAGGGAAUCAUACUUCUCUUGGUCCAGGCCAUCCUCGGCUCCAUCGUCAAUGCCUUCAUGGUGGGGUGCAUGUUUGUCAAGAUCAGUCAGCCAAAGAAGAGAGCAGAGACCCUCAUGUUCUCCAACAACGCGGUCAUCUCCAUGCGGGACGAGAAGCUCUGUCUCAUGUUCCGGGUGGGGGACCUUCGCAACUCCCACAUUGUGGAGGCCUCGAUCCGCGCCAAGCUCAUCAAGUCCCGGCAGACCAAAGAAGGGGAGUUCAUCCCCCUGAACCAGACGGACAUCAACGUGGGCUUCGACACUGGGGAUGACCGUCUCUUCCUGGUGUCUCCACUCAUCAUCUCCCAUGAGAUCAAUGAGAAGAGCCCUUUCUGGGAGAUGUCUCGGGCCCAGCUGGAUCAGGAGGAAUUUGAAGUUGUGGUCAUUCUAGAAGGGAUGGUGGAGGCAACAGGCAUGACUUGCCAAGCACGGAGCUCCUACAUGGAUACCGAGGUGCUCUGGGGCCACCGAUUCACGCCGGUCCUCACACUGGAAAAGGGUUUCUAUGAGGUGGACUACAACACCUUCCACGACACGUAUGAGACCAACACGCCCAGCUGCUGUGCCAAGGAGCUGGCGGAGAUGAAGCGGGAAGGCCGGCUCCUCCAGUACCUCCCGAGCCCUCCCCUGCCGGGGGGCUGUGCUGAAACAGAGCUCGAUACAGAGGCUGAGCAGGAGGGAGAGGAUGAGCCUGAGGGUCUGAGUGGGUCCCGGGAGAACAGGGGCUCUGUGUGAGGAUGGUACUUGCCCCAGGACCUCCCCUCCCUGGCUUCUGAGCACAGCCCCCGCUGCAGAGCCAGUGGAGGAGGGGGUGAAGGAGCUGAGUUUGGGCAGGGGGGUGGGGGUGGUGUCACCAGGAGCCAUAGGCUCUGUGGGGAGGAACAGUAUAUCCCAUCCUGGAAUGUCUCAGCUCAUGCCUCCCUGAACAGGUGGCCCCUGGCCUGGGCCCCUGAGACUGUGCUGCCUCUUCCCUCCCAGCUUCCAUCAGCGUGGCUCAGGGCCAGGCCGGGAUAGGGUUCCUCACAGGGCGGCCUCUGUCUCCACACACACGUCCCUCUGCCCACGGGCUGGGAUCCCCUCCCUCCUUGGGUCCCAUAGACUGAUCUGCAGCUCUCCUUCCAGGGCUGAUUCGUGGAGAGGGCCGUCCCCCUCUGCCCCUCACUCCCACCACCCCGAGGCUUACUGUGGGCUCCGCGGGGAGAAAUUCUGCCUGCCCAGAAAUGCCACCCCCUGGUCCCAGGAUGAGCUCACAGACCUCACGGUCAAGGUCCAUGCGAGUCAGGCAGGCAAUGCCUCUCAGCUCCCACACCCACGUCCCUUUCCUGAGAGCCACAGAGGACAAGGCCCAGAAGGAAUGAUCUGUUCUCAUCCAUGAAGCUUGUGCAUCUCCUAUGCUGUGUCCCUCGUGUCACGUGUAGCCUACCAGAGAGCCGAUCUCCUUUGAGUGACCCUCAGACAGUGGCUUGGGUCACAGCACACCUCCGAGCACAUGUGGCAUUGUCGUUGGCUGCAUCCUGGCCAUGCCUGACCGCACGGGGGCCCACGGCUCCCAGCUGUCGGACAGCCCAGCAGCCCAUUCCUUUCUGGUACUUUCGGCCCCAGAAUCUCAAAGUACUCGUAGCCUUCACCGUAGCCCUCUUCUACCGCCUCAGCCAGGGGUGUGGUCCAGGAACAAAGCUGGGGUUCCAAAGGCAAGAUGAGCCGGCCAGAACUGAAACCAGGAGCAGGGAGAACAGAGGGGUGAGGAAUUAAAUGUUUGAAAUAAGCAUCUGCACCAGUCACUGCAGAGACAUUCUGACUUCAGGCUCCAUGCUCCUGUCUGGGGAGAGGCACGG